AUGUACAAAUUAUUAUUCGCAACUGCGGUAUUGCUAUUCUUCCUAGUAUUGGACAAUCAUUUUGGAAGCUUAACUUACAAUAUAAGUAAUGAAAUUACUAAGUUUCUUCAAAUAUAAUUUGAGUAUGGAAAAGAAACUGGAUAUUUCGAAUACAUACUCCUGGUAUUUUCAACCGCAGGAGAUGCAGAAUGCACAAAUAUUUUGACUCUUUUGAUUUGGAUCAAAGCUUAAAACAAAAUAUAGAUAUUCAAGCUUAUAACCAUGAAUGCAAUAGCUGCGGCUUUUGGGAACUUAAUCAAGAUGAUUAUGACUCAACCAAGGCCAUUUUACUUGGACCCAGAAAUCAAACUAGACUUUUGCUAUACAGGGUUUGGAGAUCCGAGUGGACAUUCUCUCAGGUCAUUUGUCUUCUAUACAAUACUGAUUGAAACAAUUGUAUUGAAAAAAUACAACAUUUAAGAGAACUGCUCACUAAUUUAAUCAGACAAACAAGCAUUGGAUGAAAAAGAAAUCUCAAAUUCUGAAUUAUAUAAAUAGAUUUAUUCAAAUCAAUAUAUAUCCUAUUCUAAGUACAAGUUUUUCAUAGCAAUUUUUGCGUUCCUAAUUGGCAUUGGUAGACUGUAUUUUGGAGUUCACUUCUUGAAUCAAAUCAUAAUAGGUUGGGUAAUCGGAGGAUAUAUAAUCUAUGUAUAUUACUAUUGUGGCUUGGAGAAAAUGAUAGAAUAAGCAUUCAGAAACUCUUUAUUCUUGAAUUCAUACAGAUACAUGAAAAUGCUAUUAGUCUCUUUUUUGAUUUUUACCUUUGCUUAUUUCUUAUAUUUUGAAAGACAUUAUGAAUAAUCCUUGAUUGAGUUAAAAUAAUAAUGGAAACAAAAUAUAUUAAAGUAACCACAAUGUACAGAUGGAGGAGGGUACAAUCCGAAAAAUAAAUUUGAGACUCAUGACAUCUCCGGAAUCUCAAUAUUGUUCUUCCCAUGUUACUUGCUGGCCUUCUAUUCUAAAUAAUAAACAUUACUAAAAGUUGAAUCGGAUUAAAUCUUAAAUCAAAUUGGCUCAAAUAUUUAGUACCUGCUUACAUAUAUAAUCGUUUAUUGGAUUUAAAUUUAUGAAGAAUAAACAACAAGCAAAAUUGCUGGAAAUUCAGAAACUAAGAAAUUGUUAUGCAAGAUAUUUUUCACUCAAUUUCAUUAUUUAGAAAUAUCCAUCUUGUUUGUAAUGAUAAUCCCUCUGAGUCUAAGAUUAGUGACAUCCUUCCUUAAAAGAUAAUAAUUUAGUAAAAUUAGUUAAAUUGACUAAUCUGAAAUGGAGAUGGUGUGA